AUGAGACUCUGGAUUUCCAUUGCAGCAGGCAUUCCACUGGGUGCUACUGUCAUUCACCAUUUUCGAUCACUGCCAUGGUUCGAAUACGUUAUCAACUCGUAUCCCGAAUUCAAAUACUCCAUUGACACGGGUGUGAGUGUCGUCGACCAACCGGUCAGCUUGGUUGCCAAUGUGUUUGGCCACGCCAUGAACAAUACUCUUGGAUACAACCUUUCAUGGAUACUGCUCGGUAUUUUCGGUGUGGUGUUGAGCAUGAUGGCUGUUGAAGGUUCACGUCAAAAUGCAAGUCGCUUACUGGCGUGUUUCCCAUUAUGGGGUCUGGCGUGCAACUUUAUGGGCAUGGCAGUGCAACCCUUGUUUUGGUUACCGGUCUUUUAUGCUUCGUUUGAUAAGGUGGCAUCCAACAAUGUCGAAGCUCAUUUUAUUCGCAACGCUCGCUCCAAUGCUAUCUUGGUGGUCAUGGUCGCUGUCUAUGUGAUUCCUACUGCAUUCAUGCUCUUGGCAACCGAACCCGAGUCCUCCAUGCAACGCAUCAUCAUUGUCGUAUGGCAAUUUUUACCUCUUUUGAUGGGUCCUCUAUUGAGCAUGGCAACCUCCUCUCUAAAGUGUCUGGAUGAACCUGAAGAUCUUCGCAUGAAUGAAAUCGCACGUGAAAAGAUCCGCGUCGCUGACAGCCGUAACGCCGUCGAACGUUUGUACAUGAUCUUGGGUAUCUUCAACACACUUAUCUACUAUGGCAUCUACAUUCGACUCAAGAUGGACAACAUGCUCAGCUGGGAAACGUUUGUUGAUCUUACAACUCUUUACAGUGGCAAACUCACAGCACUGUCGAUGGAACAAAUGGGUCAAAUUAUUACCAACCAUGCCUUCUUCAUUGAAAUUAUCAUCGCCUACAUCACGUGUCUCUUUUGGGCGCUCUUGGAAAGUGGCAUGAAGGGUGCUUUUAUCAUGCUCAUUGCUUCUAUCAUCAUUGGUCCUGGUGCUGGCAUCUGCUUGUACGCUGUGUAUCGUGAAGGUCAUAUCCAAGACAUUGAAAAGGUCGUCAAGAAGAACGAGUAA